GUUCACUUGGACUAUAAAGGUGGGAGUCGAUCCGUUGUGCGCGCACAUAAAGAAAAACGAAGUCAUUCAUCGAAAGGUCUCGUCUACCUCCAAAGUAAAAAUGAGGGAAAUUGUGCAUCUUCAGGCUGGCCAGUGCGGAAACCAGAUUGGUGCUAAGUUUUGGGAGGUGAUCAGUGAUGAGCACGGUAUUGACCCAACUGGUACUUAUCAUGGUGACAGUGACCUGCAGCUGGACAGGAUCAAUGUCUACUACAAUGAAGCCUCAGGCGGUAAAUACGUGCCCCGUGCAGUGCUGGUUGAUCUGGAGCCAGGCACCAUGGACUCAGUGAGGUCCGGUCCUUUCGGCCAGGUCUUCAGGCCAGACAACUUUGUUUUCGGUCAGAGUGGUGCUGGCAACAACUGGGCCAAGGGUCACUACACUGAGGGUGCAGAGCUGGUGGACUCUGUCCUGGAUGUGGUGAGGAAGGAGGCAGAGAGCUGCGACUGCCUGCAGGGCUUCCAGCUCACACACUCGCUCGGUGGCGGUACCGGCUCUGGUAUGGGCACCCUGCUCAUUAGCAAGAUUCGCGAAGAGUACCCCGACCGUAUCAUGAACACCUUCAGCGUGGUGCCUUCCCCAAAAGUGUCAGACACAGUAGUUGAGCCCUACAACGCCACACUAUCAGUCCACCAGCUUGUAGAAAACACAGACGAGACCUACUGCAUCGACAAUGAGGCCCUGUAUGACAUCUGCUUCCGUACCCUUAAGCUCACAACCCCCUCAUAUGGUGACCUCAACCACUUGGUCUCUGCCACCAUGAGUGGUGUCACUACCUGCCUCAGGUUCCCUGGACAGCUCAACGCUGAUCUGAGGAAGCUGGCUGUAAACAUGGUGCCAUUCCCCCGUCUGCACUUCUUCAUGCCAGGAUUUGCUCCACUCACAAGCAGGGGCAGCCAGCAGUACAGAUCACUCACCGUGCCAGAGCUCACCCAGCAGAUGUUCGACUCAAAGAACAUGAUGGCCGCCUGCGACCCACGUCACGGCCGCUAUCUGACAGUGGCUGCCAUCUUCCGUGGCCGCAUGUCCAUGAAGGAGGUGGAUGAGCAGAUGCUUAAUGUGCAGAACAAGAACAGCAGCUACUUUGUUGAAUGGAUCCCCAACAAUGUCAAGACCGCUGUCUGUGACAUUCCUCCCCGUGGCCUCAAGAUGGCUGCCACCUUCAUCGGCAACAGCACAGCCAUCCAAGAGCUGUUCAAGCGCAUCUCCGAGCAGUUCACAGCCAUGUUCAGGCGCAAAGCUUUCCUCCACUGGUACACCGGCGAGGGUAUGGAUGAGAUGGAGUUCACAGAGGCAGAGAGCAACAUGAAUGACCUGGUGUCUGAGUACCAGCAAUACCAGGAUGCCACUGCUGAGGAGGAGGGAGAGUUUGAGGAAGAGGAGGGUGAAGAGGAGCUGGCUUAAACGUACCUUUUACAAAGUUCUGCUGUUAAAUCUUUGCCGUGAAAUGUAACGUUCCAAGUCUUCUCCAGUUUUCAGUGUUCUGUCUGCUGUUCAUGUUCUUCUGCAUAUUUGAAGUUUACCUAAACAGGUGUUCAUAAAGUUCUUCACAUUUGAAAGUCUGCCUUAAAUGGUAAUGUUAAUAAAAGUUCUUCUGCAUAAUCA